GCCCCUUCGUGCUCGCGCGCGCGGCGCGGCGCGGCGCACACAACGCGGAGGCAAAAUGGUGAUGGCUCAGAAGACAAAAGAGGCGGAGAUCACGGAGCAGGAUUCGCUGCUUGCCUGCUUCUAACAAGGAACUUGCUCUGGAUUGCCAUAUGCAACAUCAGCUGCAUCAGAGGCCUAUUCCCUGAGAAGUACUUCAAUGAUAAGACGGUUCCGGCACUAGAGAUGAAGAUUAAGAAGCUGGUGCCGAUGGAUGCCAAGUCGAGGAGGCUGACCGAUUGGAUGGAGAAAGGCAAAGUUGUCAUUCAUUCUGAAGCCACUAACAGAAAGCUCCUUGAGAUAAAAAAGAUACUGGAAGGUAAUGGAGGCGAACAAAUGGUCAUUGACAAUGCAGAGCAUGCUGAGUUUGAGCGCAAAGACGUUCUGAGUGGCCAUGAAAUGAGAGAUGGCUCCACAAUGGGUUGCCUUCACUCAAGUGGAUCUGACCUUACCUGCACUUGGGAGCUACCAGAGCUGCAGCAGAAUGUAUCCAUGCAGAGCGGGCAAGACGCUUCAGCAAUGGAUAAGGAUCCGGGCAGGACUCCCACAGGUUUGCGCGAGCCGGCUGCACCUGUUUGUUCCCUGGAGAGUGUUGUGGUUGGACAGAAAAUCAGAAAGUCCCUAACCGAUGCCGAUGAGAUGCAAUCUACCCAGAACAAGAGAUCCAGGAAGGCUAGCAUGGUGAAGGAGCUGAUACUCCAGUACAUCAAGCGCCUAUAGUCUCAAGCUCAGACUGUUGAUUGAGGUGGAGUGGAAGUAACAGGAGCAGCUAACCUCGUUGUUCAGGCGAAUAAGUACAUAUUCAAGUUCAGAUGCUUAAACUCGUGCAGAUAGAUGUACAUUCUUGUUCCUAUGUUUCAUAAGGUAGAGAGUUACGUUCCUCUGGUUCAGCUAUGUCGUUGUUCACUUCAAGAAGUUGAUACCCCAGUUCAGGUGCUUGAACUUGUGCAGAUAGAAAGGAGACCCCGGGCAGAGAGAGAGAGAGAGAGAGAGAGAGAGAGAGAGAUGUUCCUCUGUUGAUCUGGCUAUGCUGUUGUUUGAGAUGAGGUUGCCACUGACAAACACACCGUUGGAAACUUGAAAUGAGAUGUGGUCAUUCCCUGA